ACUAACCCACCAAAAAUUUAUAAAAAAAAUAAAAUAUAAAAAAAAUCUCUCCUUUUUUUUCCACUACUUUUAAUUUCUCAUCUUCUCCAAUCUAAUCCUUCUCUUCUCCGAUCCUACCGAACCACCACGCCAUGGGUCCGAUCGUCUUGACUCAAUUAGCCACCGGUCUCAGCGUCUUGGCCGGCGCCGUCCUCGUCAAAUCGGUCAUGGAUCAGAAACCCAUGGCUGGUCCGUUUACUAGAUGCGCUACUUGUAACGGAACUGGUCGGGUCGCGUGUCUCUGCUCGCGGUGGUCUGACGGAGACGUUGGGUGUAGAACGUGUGCAGGGUCGGGUCGGAUGGCGUGUAGCAGUUGCGGGGGAACAGGUACGGGUCGACCCAUGCCGGUUCAAUUAUCUGUCCGACCACCGAACCGGUCCUCAUGACCGGUCGGCUUUUGUUGGUUCUGGUACGCGUAUUGUAAUUAAUAGCUAGCCCAGAAGUGUUCUGUGUUAGUUAGUUGUUGAUUGAAUUUUAAUGGUGUAUUAUAAGUUGACUCGAGGAGAAAGAGAGAGAUGGAUUAGUUGGGUUGUAAUGGGGGGAUUGUUAUAGAACAAAGUAAUUAAGUUUAUAGAUUAAUUUAAUUUCCCUUUGAAAGUAUUCAAAUGGGUUUGCUCU